UGUCAAUGUCAUACUUUUGUGUAUAACCUAACCUCAAACGUAUGGGAAAUAACUCGCACAUACUGUAUUGAUAUUAUUAUGAGUGAAUAGACUAUAGUUGAAUGUAAAAGUAUUAAUUCGCAAGUCAGUAGAUUAACUUCAAGCAAAAUGAAUUGCUUACGAUUGCUACGACUAGCCGAACGGCAACAAUUUAAAGUGUUUCAGACAACUUCUGUGAGAUGUGUCUCAAAUCAUCCUAUGCGCUUCAUGGAGACUCAAAACUUGUGGAGGGAAAGGGACGGUGUCUCUAAGCGAUGGCAGCUGAUAUAUAAGGCUCCUAUGGACGGAGCCAUGAAAUACGCUUCCACAUACUUAACGUUGUCGACAGCUAUAGUUGCUGCUAGUUCAAUGUAUUACGGAGCUUUCGUUUUUGACUUAGCCGAAAUGUCCAAACCUGUAAUAAUUGGAGACGAUGUGAUAAUCGCCAACUCUGCUGUAGAGUGUUGCAUUUACCUCGGGACAUUUAUUGCAUUAAAUAUUGCUGUAAAAACAUUAAUAUCCAAAUAUGUGCUUAGGCUAUACCAAGACGGUGAUGAAUAUCUGGCGGUUUUUAGAGGGCACUUCUUCAACUCGAUAAGUAUUCAUAAAUUCCAUUUGAAGGAUUUUAAGAAAUUAAAGCCUACAUUUGUAGUUUCAUGGGGUGAUGCCAGGUUUGGUUUGGGUAACAAACAUGGAAUAUUGUUGGAGAACUACUUCAAGACUCCUGAACAUUUCAACUACUUGUUAAACAAGAAGAGCGCUGAUAAACCUGAUCUUGACUGAAUUGUUUUUUCUGUAGCAUAAUACUAUUUUUAGUUGAA